GUCAGAUCUCCUUUACCACCUGAUCCCUUGGAUUGACUAUCUAUACCCGGUCCUAGUCUCUAGCUCCGCAUUCAUCAUUUUUUAACGCCUCUGGCUCUCAUUUUGUUAUUUGUCCAGUAGCUAACUAACAGCUAAAAUUGCUGCCUAGUUCAGACCGUGAACCCUUUUGCCCGUCGUUGCUACCUGAAGCUCCCGAACUCUUGGACAUUUCUGUCAUUUCCUAAGCUCUACCCUUUCUCUAUCAAUCCUCAUUUACUUCUCCGUACCUCUGUCCACUGAUCCUGGCUCAGUAUCAUUCAUACUCACCAACAACCCCGUUAUCGAUUCCAUUUCCCUGAGAUUCUCACCUCCUUUUCGAACGCCGUUUACCCCCAAAUCACAUGUCGGAUGCAAAACCCUUAGCCACGCCAGCUGCUGCUAGCGUCACUGCUGCUGCUGCUGCUGGGGCCGCCACACCGUUACUAACGCCUCGACGUUCCGCUGAACGCUCUCGACAGUACCUCAACUCGCGUAAUAUCACCACCCUUCGCCCCCAGAUCAGCCGCACCAACACCGAACCAAUUACCUCGAGCCCGCUCAGUAUCGUCAAGCGCCAGGAUACUCUUCGCAGCCCCACCCCACCCAGAGGCCGCACUUCCACCAACAAGCCCAGCGCUGAGGCUCCCCGUCGCGGACUGGUAUCCUCGGACCACCUGGCUGCAACCACCGUUCUCGAUACAUACACCCCACAGCGCACCAGCAAGCUCGACUUCUGGACCCUUCUCCCCUACUACGUUCCAUGUGCCCUGUGGAUCCCUAGCUACACCCUCACAGCCUUUGUCGGCGACUUCUUUGCCGGCUUAUCGCUCGCCAGUUUUCAGAUUCCGUUGUCCAUGUCGUAUGCCCACGCAUUGGCGCAUGUUCCCACGGUAUCUGGUCUCUUUGGACUUGCCAUCUGUCCGAUUAUCUACGCCGUCUUCGGUUCUGUUCCCCAGAUGAUCGUAGGCCCUGAGUCUGCCAUAUCGUUGAUUGUGGGGCAGUCAGUUGAGCCGAUGUUGCUCCACAACCCAAACAUCAACCCACUUGAUAUUGCAGUGGUGAUCUCCUCCAUUAGUGGGGCCAUUCUCUUAGGAUUUGGUAUCGGCCGCUUUGGCUUCCUUGACAACAUUCUCUCGUCCGCCUUGCUUAGGGGAUUCAUCCUGGGGGUCGGUGUGGCCAUGAUUGUGAACUCGCUCGUGUCGGAGCUCGGCCUCAACAAGUUCUUGACGGCCGACCCAGCUAAACACUACCACUCGCCGUUCGACAAGUUGGUCUUCUUGCUUGAAAACCGAGGAAACGUGCACGUGCUCACAGCGGCGAUAUCCCUAGUCGCUUUCCUCUUGCUUGUCUACUUCAAGAUUGUUAAGAAGCAGUUGAUUGGCGCGGGUUUCAAAAAGGCCAUCUUUUUCCCUGAAAUCCUCUCGGUUGUGCUUUUGUCCGUUGGCUUAUCAACCUACUUUGAUUGGGAAAAGUCUCACGUGGCUAUAGUGGGCAAGAUCCAGCAGCUGAGCUUCGAAAUGCGCAUGCCGUUCACGGGUGAACGGAUGGCCUUGACCAGAGAGUUGUUCAGCGUGUCUUUUACCGUUGCUAUGCUUGGUUUCUUUGAGUCAACCACCGCCUCAAAGUCUCUUGGAUCCACCUACAACUUGCCCAUUUCUUCCAACCGUGAGUUGGUGGCCCUUGGAGCCAUCAAUAUAUUUGGGUCAGCCUUCGCCGGGCUUCCGUGUUUUGGUGGCUAUGGCCGCUCGAAGAUCAACGCCAUGUCGGGGGCUACCACCGUUGUUUCCGGCCUUGUGAUGGGCUGUGUCACGCUUUUCACCAUUAGCUACCUCCUUCCUUACAUUGAGAACUUGCCUACCUGCAUCCUCUCUGUGAUCACCACCAUUGUGGGGUUUUCGCUCUUGGAAGAGGCUCCCCACGACAUUGCGUUCCACUGGCUGGCGCGCGGGUGGGGAGAGCUUGUCACAUUUGCGAUUACAGUCUCUGCCACCAUUUUCUACUCCGUGGAGGCCGGUAUUGCCCUCGGUUUGGGGUAUUCCUUAAUUAGAGUCAUCAAGCAUUCCACCAAGUCGAGAAUUCAGAUCUUGGUUAGAAUCCCAGAUAGCGACACAUUUGUGAACGCGGACGAACCGUUGGCGGACGAGAUGGACACCGUGCUUGUGGAUGCGGUUAUGGAAGAAAUCGCCGGUUGCUUGAUCAUCAAGGUCCCUGAACCCUUGACAUUCACCAAUGCCAACGAUUUAAAGACAAGACUUGGCCGUGUGGACUUGUAUGGGAGCACCAGGAUCCACCCAGCUGCUCCUCGCACUAGAAGCGAAGAAAUGACACGCUACGUGGUGUUCGACUUACACGGAAUGACCAAUUUGGACUCUUCAGCCGCACAGAUCCUAAAGGAAAUCAUUGCUGCGUACCGCAAGAGGGGAAUUCAUGUGUUUUUCACCAGAGUUCCGGCUACCCAGCACGUACGGAUCCGGCUCAGAGACUCUGGGAUCAUGGCAAUGACCGAAAGACAUUACGUCGAGACCGAUACAGGCAUUACGUGUUUGCACUACUUUAAUGAGUUGAACGAUGCGUUGAUGGUUGUGGAUCAGAUGGAAGGAAUGGAUAACUUUUCAGAGUACUAAUGGGGUGUUGUGUAGCUCCGAAGUGCAAGCAUGAUCUGGAUAUUUGCCAAGGCUUUGUGAUAUUUCAGGGUGUCAGCUGGUCUCUAUUUAUAUGUAUUUUUAUAAUCUUUGAUAUUUUAUAAGAAAGUAAAUUUCACGUCUCUCAAUCAGCU